AUGGCCACCAACAUGGCUGAACUGCUUGCCCUACUCAGAGAACCUAACCGAGCCUCUUCGAGCUCCACGCCUCCGCCGGGACCGGGGCCAACGGUCGACCCAACCCCGGAGGCUCCACCAGCUCAAGCCCCAAGAAACAUUGAGAUUCCCGCACCGCCAACGCUGCACACGUCCGCGGUCCACCCCUUCACCAACCCAUUUCCGCCGCCGCCGGCCCCCACGGCCGUCCCUCUUCCACCGACGGCUUUCCUAUCCUCGGAGCACGUCCUGUCCGCGCCCCCGCCUGUCUCCAUACCAGCCCCAACCAUGGCCUACGCGAUACCUCCGCCGAUGGUUUUCUCGGCGCCCAGUGCACCUGUCCCGACUCAUCUUCAAGCCGCAGAGCUCCCUUCCUAUCCGUCUCUACAUCCUCACGUCGGCCUCUCCUACCAGGCGCCGCCCCCCAUAGACACCACCUUCCACGAACCGGGCACGCCGACUCAUGCAGCCCAGUUCGCCUCGCCGACGCAUUUCUUCUCCGAGGCUGACACCGAACAGGAACAAAGGCUCAAGAGGAUGGAAGAAACGAUAAGGGCCCUACAAGCGGGUGAUGCUCGUCCCGACGCGCACUACGGCGACUGCAGCCUAUUCCCGGCUAUGCGGCUGCCCCCGAAGUUCAAGAUCCCGGAAUUCAAGACUUAUGAGGGCACGACGGAUCCGCGCCACCAUCUCCGCCACUACCGGGGGAAGAUGCUGCAAUAUUGGGAAUACGAGGAAGGAGUGUACUAUUCGCACCUAUUGGCACACACUUCGUCAUUUUCCGACCUCGUCGAGGCCGGGAAGAAGUUGGAUUUGGGCAUCAAGCUUGGAAGGAUGGAGGACCCCACCAGCAAAGGAGAUGAGUCGUCGAAGAAGGUCCCCGCGACAUCAUCGUCUUCAAGCGGGAGAAGGGGAAAGGAAGUUACGGUGAAUACCGUCAACACGGCCCAACAGGUCCCUCAGCAAUAUUCGAUGAACUACACGGCGGCGCCUCCCACGGCCCCCUCCUACCAAUACCGAUAUUGCGCGGAAGCACCUCCCACCCUCUUGGAGUGA